AGAAGACUGAGUUUGGCCUGUGAAACAUAGAAAAGUAGUUCAAUUGUAAUCCAGAUAAGCAUAGUCUUCUUUAUCUCUGUGUUUUUGUGGGCACGGUACAUUUCCAACCAUUUUUUGGGGGCUUUUUGCCCUUAAUUUUCUGUGAAAGUGUGAAAACACAAGAUGCCAUGAGGCAUUUUCAGAGUAGAGGAAGCUGACGUACUGAGAAUCAGGAAAGUGACAUAGCAGAGAUGUCCCAGAAUAUCGAAUAUAUGUUUGGCAUUGUUGGUAUUCCAAUCACUGAAAUCGCAAUUGCAGCCCAGGCAGUUGGAAUAAAAUAUGUGGGAAUGAGAAAUGAACAAGCUGCCUGUUAUGCUGCAUCUGCUGUUGGAUAUUUGACUGGCAGACCAGGAGUAUGUCUUGUAGUGUCCGGUCCAGGUUUCUUACACACCCUUGGUGGGAUGGCAAAUGCAACCAUUAACUGCUGGCCUUUGAUUGUUAUUGGAGGUUCUUCUGACAGAAAUCAGGAAACCAUGGGAGCUUUCCAAGAAUUUCCACAGGUUGAAGCUGGCAGGCUGUACAGCAAGCUGUCUGUCCGCCCAAGCAGCCUGGAAGUUAUUCCUGCAGUUAUUGAAAAGGCUGUAAGAACCAGUAUGUAUGGUCGCCCAGGUUCCUGCUAUAUUGACAUACCCGGGGAUUUUGUGAAUCUUCAGGUGAAUAAGAGCUCUGUCAAGUACAUGGAAUGCUGCCUGCCACCUCCCAUCAGCAUGGCUGAACACUCUGCUGUAUCCAAAGCAGCCUCUGUCAUUGCUUUUUCCAAGCAGCCUCUGCUCAUCAUUGGCAAAGGUGCUGCUUAUUCAUAUGCUGAAAACAACAUCAGAAAGUUGGUGGACCUUUCUGGACUGCCUUUUUUGCCUACACCCAUGGCAAAAGGAGUAGUUCCUGAUAACCAUCCAAAUUGUGUAGCUGCAGCAAGAUCAACGGCAUUACAGCAUGCUGAUGUAAUCAUCUUGCUUGGUGCAAGGUUGAAUUGGAUUUUGCAUUUUGGUCUUCCACCAAGGUAUCGACAGGAUGUAAAGGUUAUUCAGAUUGAUAUUUGUGCAGAAGAGCUGGGGAAUAAUGUAAGGCCAGCUGCAACUUUAUUAGGUGACAUAAAUGCCGUGACUGAGCAGCUCUUAGAAGAAUUCAGCAAAAGAUCUUGGAAGUACCCUUCUAAUUCAGAGUGGUGGGAGAAGCUAAGAGCGAAAAUAAAGAACAACGAGGAAAGGUCGAAGGGAUUAGCAUUACAGAAAUCUCUGCCUAUGAAUUAUUAUACAGUCUUUCAUCACAUCAGAGAGCUGAUACCCAAGGACUGCAUUUUAGUAAGUGAGGGAGCAAAUACCAUGGACAUUGGACGAACUAUGCUUCCAAAUUUCUAUCCCCGUCAAAGGCUUGAUGCAGGUACUUUUGGAACCAUGGGAGUGGGGCUGGGUUUUGCUAUAGCAGCUGCCAUGGUAGCCAGAGACCACACACCUGGAAGGCGAGUUGUCUGCAUAGAAGGGGAUAGUGCUUUUGGAUUUUCUGGAAUGGAGGUGGAGACUAUCUGCAGAUACAACUUGCCAAUCCUGAUUAUUGUAGUAAACAACAAUGGGAUUUACACUGGUUUGGAUGCAAGUUCUUGGGAGGAGAUGUUAAAGUUUGGUGACCCUGCUACAUGUGUACCUCCUGUUUCUCUCCUGCCAAAUGCACACUAUGAGAAAAUUAUGUCUGCCUUUGGAGGUAAAGGAUACUUUGUUAAGACACCAGAAGAAUUGCAGAAUGCUCUGAAAGCAAGUGUGACUGACAAGCAAACACCUUCUCUUAUAAAUGUAAUGAUUGAUCCACAAUCUGAGAGAAAGAAACAGGAAUUCCCCUGGCUGACUCGUUCUAACCUGUAGUAGAAGAGGAAGAUGAUGGUGGUGCAAGGCAGUGCAUUAAACAAAACUGAAUUGUUUUCUGGAAGUGGAACUGGUACAACUGUAUUUUGCAUAGCCAUUGGAACAAAGUGGGGUUUUAGAACUGCUGUUAGAGGAAUCUUUGAAUGAUGAAAUUAGGUAAUUGUAAAAUGAGAGA